GCCACUAUGUCAACAUUUGUAUAUUGUCGCAAUAACUUAAGUUUAAACUGAAAAAAAACUUUGGAAUUUGGAUUAUUGCAUUGUUUUGUGCACAAUUUGAGCCAGUGACUGUUGGUGAACGUUCAAAUCACCAUGAAUCAAACAAUGCUUAGCCAUAUCUUUGAAAGAAACGUCUGCUUCGUCAUUGAUACCUCUCGUUCGAUGAACAAUCAAAUGAAGUUCUUAAAAGGUCAACUUAUCCAGGUACUCAAAGAAAGAACAAAUCUUCUCAGAGAUUUUAAGUUCAACUUGAUUCAAUUCAGCGACAACGUGACAAAAUUUGCACAACAUUUGAUCUUCUGUGAUAAAAAAACUGUGGAAAUCGCAACUGAAUGGAUAGGCAGUAUAACAUGUACUCCUUCAGCACAAACUGAUAUAGUUUCAGCAUUACUCGAGGCUUAUGAACAUCAUGAUAUAGAUGCGAUUUGUUUAAUAACUAGCAGUUUUUUAAAAGAUAGACCCUCGAUUAUAUUAGAAAAACUCAAGCCAACCUGCAAGAAGCCAGUUCAUGGUAUUUAUCUUAAACAUACAUCCUGUGAUCCAGAAGUAUGUGGAUUUCUUCGAGAUCUGGCUCAACUAACGCGAGGAUCUUUUUAUACAGUCUCGUUGUCACCAGACUGUGAAAAUAUCGAUAGCAUUUUACCAAUAGUGGAAGUUGAUUUUACACAAACUUCAACUUUAUGCGAUAGUAGUUAUUGUGGAUCGAUUUUCAACCAUAGAAACAGAAAUAAAAUAAUUAAUUCACAAAUAUUGGAAUCUGGAGUUUUAUUGGCUGAAUCUCGAGCAUUAGCGAAAUGUGCGGGAAUAAACUUGUCAACAACUCCUCUCGCAUCUUCAAUUAUGAAAGGUGUUAAAGUUUUGGCAAGAUUGGACAGAGAUGGUCUUUUUUAUCUGGGAGAGAUUAAACAACAAGAUCUAAAUGACGCUUUUCUUGUAAAGUUUGCUUCUUGUCCAGCUUUAAGAAAAUCAUCACUUCAUGAGAUAACACAUCACAACAUGAUAGCCUACGAAGAUGCCUAUCGCCUGAGCAUUUCGUUGGGCGAUAAAGUUCUAGCUUCUUGGCAAAACGAUGGACGAUAUGGCCCUGGGACUGUUCUGGAUGGAUAUGAAACUAGAAGCAAAUUAAAUUUAGAGGAGGAGAACAACUAUCUUCUGGUGACAUUUUUUAAUGGUCAGACGGUUUCUAUAAAACGCAGAACGGCUUUACGCAUUUCUCCAACCAUCUUCGAUCACAUUUCACUAAACAUUCAGUUGCCAGAGUCUCAAAGAAGAAAACAACGACUGCACGUUGAAGAUUCCGACAUUUUAAAAUUCCAGGACAGGUUUGGAUGGAGGAGAAACGACGUUAAAAACGAGAAACUAAAGAAAAUGAUCAAGAAGAAAAUUGAAGAGAACACCAACCUUAUACGAGCCUUGGAUUUGAAUAUCGACCAGCAAUCAAAUGAGCGCUUUUCCUCAAUGAUUGGGCAAAGGACAACACGUGAUCAACUUAACCCGCGAAUGAUUGGUUCUGCUUCAUCAUGCCAUCUUAAGUCUCCGCCUUUGAUUGGUAGGGCGUCGUCUCGUGACUUACUAAGAGAUUAUGACAGUGGAUUUUUUUCUGACGAAGAAAAUAAAAAUAACGGAUAUACGCAUAUUGAGAAAGACCUUUUCCUUCGCGAAAACCAAGUUGGUGAAAAUACAAACAAUAGACAAAGAAAGAUCAUAUCUAGCUGUCCAACGCGACAAAGAAACACUUUCAAAUUUUCAAUCAAUAACGAAGGAAAAACCUCAAGGCAAUACUCGGGUUCAGUCUCUUCCGCGCCACGGGCUACUUUUCGCAAGACGACCAUGAAAGUGAAUAUUGAUGAGAAAAAACCAAAUCGUCCUACACAUGAGAAAUAUAAAACAGCGAAGGAUAUCCCUUUCUUCACGGAAACAGCUAAUUAUGAUAAAUUAGAAAAACAGGAUGCGCUUAGAUUGGUUAAAGAUAAAAAGAACGUGACCAAAUAUACUCCUAAUGUUUUGGCAAGAAAACAUGUAAAUUAUUCUGAAUAUCAGGAUGUUAGUGGUGUCCAGUUUCCACAAGCAACAGAUCGAAAAUUUACGAGAAUUAUAAAUGAAAAUUGGAGCCCAGAAACUGUAAUACGUAAAUCAGUGGGAUCUCACAACAGGAACGAACAACUGGGGCAAAAUGAUGACAAAUGUUGCGCUUAUACGUUGAAAUUUACAAGAUCAAAGGACAAGAGAUGUUUUCAAGAUAUAGAAGAUAAAGUUGCACUUGAAGAAGCAAAAGAGAAGAAAAGAAUCGAGUUUAGAAAGAAUAGAAGAAUAGAACACGAGCAUAAAAUGGAAAAAGCAAAAUCAGAAAAUGAAGAAAGUAAAACUUCCAGAUUAGAAACUAAACAAAUGAAACACCAGGAAAUACUUCGACAGGAAGAAGAAAGAAGAGAGAAAGUAGAGACGCUGAUACACGAUCGUUGUAAAGUGAUGAAAGAAAAGCGGAUGAAAUUUGCUGAUAUUGAAGACAGUCACCAGAUAAAGAGUGAAGAACGAGAAGCAAGAAGACUGGCCAACCGUCAAAUGAAGGAACUUGGGCGGCGGGAAGAAUUCCACAAUAGACUUCGAGAGGAGUGGCGAGCAGAAGACAAGCGUGCCGAACGACGACGACACGAAGCUACGCGAGGAAAAACAUCACGUCAGAAAGAAGUGGAAGAAAUGAAAGAAAAAAAGACUUUACGAAGCAAACCAAGUUUCAAAAAUAACAAGCAAGCGUCCUGUCAUAACUGUAUGAUAAAUAUCCGCUAUGAAUUAAGAAAACAUACAAGACUAUGGAACACCGAAAUUAUAACACAUGAAGUUUCAACAAACUACAUUUUUUAAAUAGCAAUCAGAUUUACCUUUAUUGCUACUGAUAACUUCUGAAAUUCUGUUUGGGGUCAUAAGAAACAAGGACCAACGAGAGGAUAUACAACUUGCACCGCUUCCCGGACAGGGACUGGGACUAAACGGUGCUCAGGUGUCCCAUGAUUCAAUGCACGCAAAAGGGGAUAGUAGAUGAAGCUAGAAAAUUUUGAGAUAAGAUUAAAAUAAUAAUCAUCAUAUUAAGUAAUACAGACAACCUGCUCAAUUGCAAACAUAACGGUUUCUGCACGACUGGUGGUGAAUUAAUUAUGCAGUCACUUUUGAAUUGAUAAAAAUUAUCAUCUACGGAUAUUGUUUUAGUUUAAUUCUUUGGACUUUUUUACUUUGUUUUUUUAAUUAAUUUCGUGUAAUCACCGUCAUAUUUGUUGACAUAUUGUGUAUGAAAAUCAAAUGUCUAUUCAAACAAGAUUGUCAACGUAUAAA